AUGAGUUUGCCCGGCCCUCCCGUUCUAAAGACCACCAUUAUUCAUCUAAAUAAGGAUUUGGAUGGGGAUAACUCAAACUAUGAGAUCUUGACUAACGACUACUUGGAAAAUGGCGAGGAACUGGCGACUUCCACCGAGUCGGGACUUUCGUUCCAAGCACCAGCUCCAAAGAAAAAGCGGCGGCGCAGUCUGGCCAAUAUCGAUCUGGAAGAAUUGGCCAAAAGAAAACAUGAAACCAAGCAACUACACCUGAUCAUUGAAAAACGCCGGCGAAUCAAGAUCAACCGUGAGUUUGAAGCUCUCAAAUACUUGAUUCCUGCUUGCCGUAAUCAAGGCGGAUCAUCACUGCCGCAAAUAAAAGCUCGUGGAAGUACCAAUAACGGGAACAAAAUUGAUGGCAUGUAUAAACUCACAAUUUUAAAGCUGCUGGUUGAGUACAUACUUUACCUACAUCACAUCAUUCGCCGUCAACAUGAGCAGCUCACCAGAAAUGAUCCGGGAUAUCAGUUCGAUAUUGAUUUCGCUUCAAUACCACUCGAUGUUAAUCAAUAUCGAGAUAUCGAUAAGGAGUUCACUUUCAGCUCUUUGCUUACCGAGGAGUACCGACCAUCUUCAAUAACGAAAAUACCCGAACAUGAUAUUAUUGAGCCAAUCAGUGACGCUUAUAGCAGCGGAACUCAGAGUCCGAACAACUCGCCAAACUUUUAUCCUGCCUGCAGCAAAUAUACCACCAACCGACGGGUGCUGAACCCAAUCCUGCCACACACUACUGCGAUGAGCAGUAAGUUUAGUGCUCACUCUUCUCCAGCGAUGCGACCAUCACGAUCAACCGCUUCAUCGAAAUUCAAGCUUCCAGACCCUGCCUUGUCUUCUGUCGAUCACUCGCUUGUAUCAGGAGCAGUAUUUGAUCCUGCGUUUGCCGGAGACAAUCCCUCAGUACUACUGGCAUUAGGUGAGCUCGAAGCUGCUGACGAGGUCAAAGAUGAGGACGCUGGUCGAACCCUUCUCUCGAUGAAGAAACUGAGCAUAGGUAAUCUCCUUAAUUAA